CUUCCCAAUCUGGAGGAUCAUCAUACUUACCUAAAUUUGGUUUUUGUUUACCAGCUAAAAUCUUUAAUGCGGUUGAUUUACCAAUACCAUUAGUACCUACUAAACCUAAAACUUGACCUGGUCUUGGAGUAGGCAAUCUGUGUAACUUAAAUGAGUUAGCAGAAUAUCUAUGGGUGGUUUGAGAAUCUAAAUUAGUUGGUAAAUUAAUAAUAUUAAUGGCAUCAAAGGGACAUUUUUUAACACAAAUACCACAACCAAUACAUAAUGUUUCCGAAAUAAAGGCAAUCUUGGAUGUUGGUGCCACUUCAAUACAUAAUUUACCAGUUUUAACUACUGGGCAUGCUUUACGACAUUCUUGUCUACACUUCUUCGGUUUACACCUAUCAGUGGACACAAUUGCAAUUCUAGUACUUUUCUCAACCAUCUUAAGCUUGUUCCUUGUUUCUUUUUAAAGCACCUGUUUCAACUCUCUGAAAUCACUUAUAAAGAGUAUGCCGUAUAAGC